AUGGACUCGAUGAUCAUCAACAACACAAACUCAUGCACGGCUUACUCCUCGGUGCAGUGGGACAUGUAUCCAACGGUGUACUCUCUUUUUUUUAGUGUGGGCUUUCCAGCCAACUGCCUGUCUCUGUAUGUGGCCUGGAUGCUGAUGAAGAAGGGGAACAGCAUGGCAGUCUAUCUUGUCAGCCUGUCCAUUUCUGACCUACUAUACACAGUCACUCUGCCUAUUUGGAUAGUACAGGCCAUGAAGCAACACAUAGGUGAUGAACUUUGCAACCUCAUGGCUGUAAUCAUGUACAACAGCUUUUUUGUUGGUUCUGGUCUCCUUUGCUGCAUCUGUGCUGAUCGCUAUCUGGCAGUGGUCUACCCACUCCACUUUAACUGGAUCAGGGAGGUGAGGACAGCAGUGCUUGUGAGUAUAGCUGUCUGGGCUUUGGAGAUUGCCAUCCACAUUGUCUUACUUCACCACAUGGGGGCGCUGCAAGCUUCAAGAUACUUGUGUGAUCAGCAGAUACCCAUGACACAAGAAGAUGCCGCUGUUGCCCUUACAAGGUUCGCCUUGAGUUUCUUGGUUCCUACCUUCAUCAUGACUUUUUGCUAUCAUAACAUCAUGCGCUCUAUCAAACGUAACACCUCCAUCCAAGUGGAAGAGCGCAGGAAAGUGGAAUGGCUGUUGUUGCUACUCCUUCUAACCUACAUCGUGUCUUUUAUGCCCUACCAGUUGGUCAUGCUGCUCAGGGCUAUACUGGAGCCUGGGACCUGCGUCUGGGCAACUAGGCUCAAAAGUGCAUUCAUGGUGACAGUUGCCACCACAACGCUAAACAGUACACUGGAUCCUAUAAUAUACUGUCUAAUCAAUGAGAGCGCAAAGACAGAGAUUAAGAAAACUGCACAAAAUGUGAGGCGCCUUUUUAUGCGUGGAAAGCACAGUGAUAGCUCUGUUUAA